GUCCCGCUGGAGCGACAUGAUGGUGGAAUCUGCCUCGGAGACAAUCAGGUCGGCUCCAUCUGGGCAGAACGGCGUGGGCAGCCUCUCUGGGCAGGCGGAUGGCGGUGGCGGGGCUGGGGCUGCAGGCACAGCCACAGGCGGCCCGGGCAGAGACAGCGGCGGUAGGGAGGUGGUGGCCGGCGCAGACAGCAACGGUGAGAUGAGCCCCGCGGAGCUUCUACACUUCCAGCAGCAGCAGGCUCUCCAGGUGGCCCGCCAGUUCCUGCUGCAGCAGGCCUCGGGCCUGAGCUCCCCCGGGAACAAUGACAGCAAGCAGACCGCCUCUGCCUCGGCCGUGCAGGUGCCAGUGUCCGUGGCCAUGAUGUCACCGCAGAUGCUCACCCCGCAGCAGAUGCAGCAGAUCCUGUCGCCGUCCCAGCUGCAGGCCCUGCUCCAGCAGCAGCAGGCUCUCAUGCUGCAGCAGCUUCAGGAGUAUUACAAGAAACAACAAGAACAGCUGCACCUGCAGCUCCUCACCCAGCAGCAGGCUGGGAAACAGCAGCCCACAGAGGCUCUGGGGAACAAGCAGCUGGCCUUCCAGCAGCAGCUCCUGCAGAUGCAACAAUUGCAGCAGCAGCACCUGCUCAGCCUGCAGCGGCAGGGGCUGGUCAGCCUGCAGCCCAGCCAGGCCUCGGGGCCCCUGCAGACCCUCCCCCAAGCGGCCGUGUGCCCCACGGACCUGCCCCAGCUGUGGAAGGGUGAGGGUGCCCCCGGGCAGCCUGCUGAGGACAGCGUCAAGCAGGAGGGGCUGGACCUCACCGGCACGGCCGCCACCGCUACCUCGUUCGCCGCCCCCCCGAAGGUCUCCCCCCCACUGUCCCACCACCCCCUGCCCAACGGACAGCCCACUGUGCACACAGCUCGCAGAGACAGCUCCUCCCAUGAGGAGACCCCCGGCUCCCACCCCCUGUAUGGACAUGGAGAGUGCAAGUGGCCGGGCUGCGAGACCCUGUGUGAAGACCUGGGCCAGUUCAUCAAGCACCUCAACACAGAGCACGCCCUGGAUGACCGCAGCACGGCGCAGUGCCGGGUGCAGAUGCAGGUGGUCCAGCAGCUGGAGAUUCAGCUGGCCAAGGAGAGUGAGCGGCUGCAGGCCAUGAUGGCCCACCUGCACAUGCGGCCCUCGGAGCCCAAGCCCUUCAGCCAGCCUGUGACCGUCUCUGCAGACCCGUUUCCCGAUGGCCUUGUGCACCCCCCGACCUCGGCCGCUGCCCCUGUCACCCCCCUGCGGCCCCCUGGCCUGGGCUCUGCGUCGCUGCACGGUGGGGGCCCUGCCCGACGGAGAAGCAGUGACAAAUUCUGCUCCCCCAUCUCCUCAGAGCUGGCCCAGAACCACGAGUUCUACAAGAACGCAGACGUCCGGCCCCCUUUCACCUACGCCUCCCUCAUCCGCCAGGCCAUCCUGGAAACCCCCGACCGGCAGCUGACCCUGAAUGAGAUCUACAAUUGGUUCACCAGGAUGUUCGCCUACUUUCGCAGGAACACCGCCACCUGGAAGAAUGCCGUGCGCCACAACCUCAGCCUGCACAAGUGCUUCGUGCGUGUGGAGAACGUCAAGGGCGCGGUGUGGACGGUGGACGAGCGGGAGUAUCAGAAGCGCAGGCCGCCAAAGAUGACGGGGAGCCCCACCCUGGUGAAGAACAUGAUCUCGGGUCUCAGUUAUGGAGCACUUAACGCCAGCUACCAGGCCGCUCUGGCCGAGAGCAGCUUUCCCCUCCUCAACAGCCCGGGCAUGCUGAACCCCGGCUCGGCCAGCAGCCUCCUGCCCCUCAGCCACGAGGACAUGGGGGCCCCUGGGGAACCCCUGCCCAGUAACGGCAGCAGCAGCCCCCCUCGGCUGUCCCCACCCCAGUACAGCCACCAGGUGCAGGUGAAGGAGGAGCCUGCGGAGGCGGAAGAAGAUCGGCGGCCAGGAGCCCCCCUGGGCCCCCCCAACCCCGGCACUGUGGGGCCUCCAGAGGACAGGGAGCUGGAGGAGGAGCUGCCCGGGGAGGAGCUGUCCUAAGGGCCCUGGGAAGAGGGCGGGGUGAGACCCCCUGGCCCAAACCAGGCCUCCCCACCCCCCACUCCAGCCCUGUGAACCUCAAGGCACUUCCCGGACUCGAGUGGGGCGGCCUGGGCCGGCAGCUCCCCUACCACGGACUGACACACACUCGGGGGCAGGCACGGUCCCCGUCCCCGAGGGGACACGGAACCCCUGGUCUGGGACCAGCAGAGGACACGGAGGGCCCAGACCCCUCCCAGAGCCCCUUCAUCCGAACGCCGACUCCCGACCACCAGCAGCAGGCCCCCCACCGCUCUCCCGCAGACAGGGCCCUCGUCUUUGGAUGGAGACCCAUGAGGGGGGCGCCCCCUCCCAGGGCCUAUGCCCGGCCCCGAUUUGUACAUCCUGACCCGCCUUUUCUGUACUGUGAAGCAGGUACUCUCCGCCCUAGCCCCUUUCCCUGCCCUCCCCUGCCGGGCCCGGCCAGCGGCAGGGAUGGAGGUAGGAUGGAGGUAGGCCGGCCGGCUGCCACCACCUCCACUGUCACAAGUGGGACACAGCAUUUUGUGCCCUGUGGGGGUCCCCGCAAGCAGGGCCCAGGCUGAACUGAGCGGGGGGCGGGGGCCUCCUGGGUCCCCAACAGAGCACGGGAUGAGGCUGGUACCCGCCACCCACACAGCCCUCUGCGGGAGGGACCAUGCCACCUGCCGGAAGAAGAGCGAGGCAAGGCUGGAAACCGGCCUCCUCACGACCCCCGGCCACUGAAGUCCUCCCACCCUCCCCGUUCCCGCGUCCCCAGUUUAACGGAUGACCAAAGACCUUUCUUAUGCCGGAAGCAAAAACCAAAACUUUUCGUUGGCUUUUUCCUUUGUCGCCUCCUGAACUCCCAGCUGCCCCAAACCCCAGGCUGGAAGCCCCCCUCCACUUAAGUUAUUGUUUUAAACCAAAGUUUACAGUGUCUGUUGGUGGCAAGACCCUCUCCCUCUACCCCUUUUCUGCCCGAGGACCCUGGGACUGGCCUUGCCUGGGGACGAGGAGGUGGGCACACGGGAGCCACGGUCCCCAGGCCCGGCUGCCCUGGGGGCUCCCCAGCCCCUCUGUAGGACCAAGUCCCUGGCACGCUGGGAGUGUGGAUUCCUGGAUUCCGGCGGCAGAGCUGGAAAAGUGAGACUCUGAAGACCCCCUAUGGGGGACCCCAACCCGAGGCCAAGGACGGGGUGCAAAUGCUCAGAGCACCCUGCUAGGCCCCAUUGCUGAGAAGACCCCUUGGAUAUCUCCUGAGAACCCCACGUAUGCCCCUUCACAAGCUGCCCCUCAGAGGCGGGGCUCCCCAUGUACCCCCACCUGUGUCCGUUUGACCAGCACAGAAAUAUUAAACGUCCUCUACUCACCGGC